UGUUAGAUAGAAUUACAAUUUUCACACAAGUUCGACUUAAAUCUUUUUAGUGUAUUCUGACGGGGUAAGUUUAGAAUACAUACAUAGUACGUGUUCGUGUGUGUGUAUAUAUAUACACAAUUGGUUAGCUAUUGCGGGUCGAAUCAUAAGGGUAUCGUUUCAAGGUGUGCAAGCAUUUGGCAUUGACAGUUCUAAAAAUUGAAAAGAGACGUUUGCUAUUUUUGGAUGACAUCCACUACAAGUCCAAAAAGACAGGGUGGAUUUUACAAGCAGCGCGCUGAAAACAGGGAAUAUUGAAAGGACAGACGGUUAUAAUGUUUAAGUUUCCAUUGGAUUUCAAGCUUCAAAUGAUGUUCUCAUCAGGAAGACAGUGUUACAAGGAUCAGCAUGGUGUUGGUACGUUAACUGAAGACAGUGGACAUUAAACAGUAUAUCCUGUCCAAUAUAGCGGAUGUGGCAGGAACGAUGGAAAACAGUGCGUAUAAUGUUACCCUUUCUAAUGUCACUUCCGUUUCCCAAAACAGUACUGAGGGUCCCUACGAUGCGGAAGGUGCAAUGAAGUUCACCGUUGCUGUGGUAACUAUGUAUAGUAUAGGAAUGGUGGGCGUACUAGUUAUGGGACUACGAAACAGCAGGAAAACGAAUUCUGAUGUUGAUGAAGAGGUGGAUUACUUCAUGAAAGACAUCAAUAAAGUUAGAAUUCGUUUGGAGAAAAAAGGCAGACUAGAAUCUAUUAAUAAACUUCUAGAUUCAAUGAAUAUAGACACACGAGUCAAAAACGUGAGUGUUGUCGGGUCAGGACUUUUACCAUUUAUGGCUCUUCCUGUGUUUAUGAGCGAUUGUUCUCGGCAACCGGAAGUGAAGAAACCACACCAGAAAAUUGACUCCGACCUUGACACCGAUGAUGGAGCUAGUAGUAGUGAUCUUGAGAACUCAAUGAACAAUGCCCAAGGCUGGUACCGUAGACAGGAAUCGUGUCUUACCGAAAACACGAUAUUGGAACUGGAUGAAAACGACAAUAAAGAGACCGAAGAAGAAGAUUCCCUGUUGAAAUCAAACUGUAUAGAGCUUAAAGAACUACACAUCAAUUGCUGACGUCAGAUUGAGAUAAAAAAAAUAUUCAUAUACUUGAUAACAUUAACAAUAAUUAGACAAUCCUUCAUCACAGUAACGAACCAUUACAAAAAAAUAAAGAAGGUGUGUACAAGGUGAUGGCACAGUCUAUCCUACUAACAAAUACAUGCUCUUUUAACUUAUAUAGACAUGUAUGACAGAAAGAUCCACAUGAGUUUCAAUUGAGAGUCCGUCAAGUGGAGGUAUUGUUGCUCUCGUAAAAUCGUAAGAUUUUCUGUUACGAGUUUAACUCAAGGAGUAAACAAUGCAAGCAUAAAGUUAUUGUGAAAGACGUUGAAUCAAGGAUGGUUAUGUUAACUUAUGACUAAAAACACAUACAACAAGGGGGAUAACUCUAAUUGGCUUCUUGAUGUAGUGACGAUGGGAUUUUGUUGCGAUUUCUUUCUUUCGUGUUUUUAAUGAAUACUAGUUCCUUCUUUAUUUAUGAUGAUUUUCGCCACCUUAAUUACUUUAAAAGAUGAUAUUAUAAAAGCUUAUACAAACAAGGUAUACUGUACCUGGUCUAUAAACAUCAACAUGAUCGGUCGGGAAUUAACACACGAUAAUUUAUCAUCAACUACUAUCACAAGUUGGUACCUUGUUCCUCUCGCAUCAUAGCGAACAUAUACAAGCAAAGUAUUCAGAUACAAUAACGUUCUGUACAUGAUUAAAUAUAGAAUUCUACGAUAUUAAAGAUUCGUUAAUACUUUUCUUUGUCUCAUGUUUGAAGCGAUUACUUUUGCACUGCAGCUGUAGGAGAAGUUGUCUCCCCUGAUCCACUUACACACUGUAGUACUUGGUGCAUCCGUGACUGUUGUUUGUUAUUUGAUUGGUGAUUUUAUCAUUACACGAACUGUCAGAAAAAUACGAAAAUGAACAUUCAUAACUUAUGCUGCAUGUUCCAUUUCGAUAAUUGAGUUUCAUUAUAAAUUAUAAAUAAUCGAUAUACAAAAUGACCUUCCGGGGUUCCCGGACCUUUCUACAUGAUCGUCAGGCUAACAUUUCAUAUGAAAGACAUCAUUUUGUGUAGCUUCAGUGCUCAGGUAAGCUCACAUUUCUUAAAAAAAAUCAUCUCAAUGUCACACAUUAUUUGUGCACGAAACUCAGAGAAGUUCAUUCUAUUCCUUCGUGUGCACAGAAUUUGUAAGUAACCUUCGAUUUAGAUAUUAACCGUAUUCUUCGGAAAAGAUGGCAAAGUUAACGUAGGUAUCGCCAUAAUUGAUGAUGACAUUUUGUCUCAUUUGUACUAAGUACUCAUGACUUUCUUGUUGAAUAACAAUACAAAGGUAUCAGUGAAUUUAAUGUGAUCAAUUGACAAAUGAAUCACAGAGUCAAUCUAACAGCUUCAUAACUGUCCAUAAACAUAUCAAUCCCUUCUCCUUGUCAUUUAUCACACGUCCUUGCUUAACGUUGGCAUAUUAUAUUAUCUGUACAAGGUUAACACUAUAUUAUCUGUUCAAGGUUAACAUUAUAUUAUCUGUAAAAGAAUAACAUUAGAUUAUCUGUACAAGGUUAACAUUAUAUU